AUGCCAAGCCAUAAGUCUAGGAAUGAUAGCCUGACUCUAGCCAUUUGUGUCAAUGCGAGGUGGAUACUUGAAGAACGAGCCACUCCUUGUCUACUAUUCCGAAAAUCUCACAAAAUACUGAAAAAGCCGCAGGUCAUGUCCAAGGCAAACGUUAAAGCAUGUGUUACCAGGCAAUUCUUUACUGAGAUGGUCAACCUUGUCUUCAGAGCGGCAGUAAAAAUGUACCUUCUGGAGAAAGAUCUUCUUCUUAAGGCCCUCCUCAUCCUCGACAAUGCUGCUGCUCACCCUCCUAACCUCAAAGAUAUUAUCCUGGAUGAAUUUAAAUUAAUAAAAGUUCUGUACUUUUCACGCAACACUACACCUAUCUUGAAGCCCAUAGACCAGCAGGUUAUUUCUAAUUUCAAGAAAUUGUACACCAAAGACCUGUUUUGUCGGUGCUUUAAAGUCACCGAAAAUACAAAUCUAACCCUUCAUGGGUUUUGGAAGGAGCACAACAAAGUUAACUGCUUUAAAAUCACUUAUAUGACCUGGCAGGGUGUAACGAGAAGAACGCUGAAUUCUGAUUGGAGGAAACUGUGGUUUGACUACGUAUCUGAAAGAGGCUUCGACGGGUUUGAGUCUGAGACACCUGUAGUCGAGGAGAUGGUGUCUGUUGGCAAAUUCAUGGGCCUCGAGGUUGACGAUGGGGGACAUUAA